CGUGCAGAGCCGUAGAGCAUGGCGACGGCAAAGGGUGGGUAUCUUCCACUCUUCGAAACGAAGGAAGCAAAGGGUCGAGUGGCUUAUCUAGUGUUUGCUUUGUCUACACUUGUGGCCAUUUGUAUGAUUUUGGUGUACAGAGUAAGGCAUGUCCCAACUGGAGAAGGAGGGCAGGGUGGAAGAUGGGUUUGGAUUGGACUGUUUGUUGCAGAACUCUGGCUCUCUCUCGCAUGGCUCCUCCGUCAAUCUCUUCGAUGGAACCCUGUCUAUCGCUACACCUUCAAGGACAGGCUCUCCCACAGGUACGAGAGGGAAUUGCCGGUGGUGGAUAUAUUUGUAUGCACAGCGGACCCAAAGGUGGAGCCACCAAUAAUGGUGAUAAACACUGUGUUAUCGGUCAUGGCCUAUGAUUAUCCGCCGGAGAAGCUCAGCGUUUAUCUUUCGGACGAUGGUGGGUCUGAGUUGAUGUUCUACGCAAUGCUAGAGGCCUCUCUCUUCUCUAAGCAUUGGCUCCCCUUCUGCAAGCAAUUCAAAGUGGAGCCUCCUUCCCCUUCAGCUUUUUUCUCCGGUCACUCUGACCCUCUUCAUCCUCACAUGGACAAUCACUAUUCUUCCAUUAAGAAAUUGUACAAAGACAUGGAGAAUCGGAUCAAAAUUGUGAUAGAGCUCGGUCGAGCUCCAGAAGAAAUCCGCAAGGAGAACAAAGGUUUUCUUGAGUGGGAUACAGUUUAUGGUCCACGUGAUCACCAAACCAUUCUUCAGGUAUUAAUUGAUGGAAGAGACCCAAAUGCUGUGGAUAUGGAAGGACAACCAUUACCAACCCUGGUAUACAUGGCCCGUGAGAAGAGACCCCAAUACCAUCAUAACUUCAAGGCUGGAGCUAUGAAUUCGCUGAUAAGAGUGUCUUCGAAGAUAAGCAAUGCCCCAAUAAUUCUAAAUGUCGACUGUGAUAUGUACUCAAACAAUUUGGAUUCGGUGAGAGAUGCCCUUUGUUUUUUCAUGGAUGACGAGAAGGGCCAUGAGAUUGCUUAUGUACAGUAUCCACAAAACUUCUACAACAUCAUUAAGAAUGAUCUCUAUGGCAGUUUUCUCAGAACAAAUUUUGAGGUGGAAUUCUUUGGUAUGGAUGGCUAUGGAGGGCCUGCCUAUCUUGGAACUGGGUGCUUUCACAGGAGAGAUACCCUUUGUGGGAGGAAAUACGCAGAGGGGUACAAGAGAGAGUGGAAAACAGAGAAUGACAGAAUUGCAAGAGAAAGUUUGAAUGAAUUUGUAGAGAGAAUAAAGGGCCUUGCGAAUUGUAGUUAUGAUCAUGAGAACACUCAAUGGGGAAAAGAGAUGGGAGUGAAGUAUGGUUGUCCAGUUGAAGAUACGAUUACAGGUUUAACAAUUCAAUGUAGGGGAUGGAAAUCAGUGUAUUUCAAUCCGGCCAAGAAGGGCUUCCUUGGUCUUGCUCCUAUUUCGUUGGAUCAGGUGCUUGUGCAACACAAAAGAUGGGCUGAAGGUCAUCUUCAGCUUUUUCUCUCAAGGUACUGUUCCUUCUUACAAGGUCAUGGAAGGAUCAAGAUAGGACUUCAAAUGGCAUAUUCCUUCUACAACAUGUGGGCUACUUACGGCCCUCCAACAUUCUAUUACGUUGUCAUUCCUUCACUUUGUCUCCUUAAAGGCAUUCCCCUCUUUCCAAAGAUUUCAAGCCCAUGGUUACUGCCUUUCGCAUAUUUGACCAUCGCCAGUUCCACAUAUAGCUUAGGAGAGUUCUUAUGGAUAGGUGGCUCAGUCCAAGGUUGGUGGAAUGACAAAAGAAUAUGGAUCUACAGGAGAACAACUUCCUACCUCUUUGCCAUUGUAGACACAAUGCUCAAGUUGUUAGGGUUUACUGAAACAGGAUUUGUCAUCACAGAUAAGGUUGCUGACGAUGAUGUGAUGCAGAGAUAUGAGCAAGAGAUCAUGGAAUUUGGAACCAAUUCUCCCAUGUUUAGCAUCCUAACAACAGUUGCUUUGCUCAACUUAUUUAGUUUGUUUUCAGGGUUGAAGAGAUUGCUCAUGGGUCCUCCUGGAACUGAUGACGUUUUAGAGACAUGGUGCUUGCAAAUCCUUGUGUGUGCAUUUGUGGUAGCCAUUAAUCUUCCAGUCUACCAAGGCAUCUUCUUUCGCAAGGACAAAGGCCGCAUACCUUCCUCUCUUGUGUCUACAUCAUUUGUUUUGACUUUAAUAGCUUCCAUGCUACCCAUGUACUAGUUUGUAUUCAUAAA